CCUCAGUGCAGCUACAGUUCCUGGAUUUCUAUUCUUUUUUUUUGGAGAUUUAAUUUUUUUCCCCACAGAGCUUCACACAGUCUCAAUGGCGGAGAACAAGCCUUAUCGUUACGGGCUCAUUGUCCUGGGGCUUGUGGUGGUUGCACUGGGAGUCUUCUUGGUAGCUGUGGAAGAGCCUCAGGUGUUUGUCACUUUCUGUACAAUGGGAGUGCUGAUGGUGAGCAUUGGGACGGUUUGGAGCAUAUGCCAGUGCUACCCACGGGUAACAUUCAUCCUGCCAGAACAGGAAGUGCUAAGAAGCAGUGAGAAACAGGAGCUGUGUGCUGAAGUCAAGGUCCUACAGGUCAAUGACAGUCGAGUUGAACCGGCCAGGGCUCCUCUGGCUGUUUUCGGUCAGUUGGAGGACGUUGAAAAGGAUGAAAUCCUCUCACAAGCUGAGACAGAAAAAUCUCCUGAGAUCAUCAGCACCACCCUCCAGAGCUCCCCCUGCAUGCACCAGGCCUGCUCAAGUGCCUCUCCUCCAGACAGCAGGGCUGCACAACCUGAUACUGAUCUCUACUAUGGGGAGGUGGAUGAGCCCUGCUCCUUAGAAACAGAGCUGGAUAGUGAAUAACAAGUCGGAAAUGCUUUUGAACUCAAGGAUCAUGAAUGCAGAAGUGCACUGGUUGCAUUACAUCGUGGUUAUGAGACACAGACAAACAAAUGUACCCCUCCUUAAACACACACUCACACACACUCUCCAUUGCCUAUAAUGAACAUUUCCAUGGAGACGAGCGUACAGGGCCUGGGGGUAAAAAAAGAGAAGGGCUGAUAAAGAGCACCAGCAAUUAUUUAUAGUUUAAACUCUAGAUUAGAAAUCCAGCGCUGUAUCCCAGUCAGAAGCUUUACAAUGGCAGCAGCUGUCAAUAUGGUUCUUAUUUUUCAAUCAAGCAUGCUGAAAAAGAAAACACAAAAGGGUUUAGCAAGAAGUGUGCAGGGCUAGAAACUGAUAUGAAUAUUCAUUAUCAAGCAGGUGCAUUUAGAUUAAUAUUCAAGAUCAGCAGUGUUUAUAGCAUCUGCCAGCAAACAAACAUGACAAACCUGGACAGACUUGGGCAUUACUUUAUAAGGGAAACUCACACAUGCACACAGGGUUUUCUUUGAGUUACAGCCAGUGAAUGAUUAGGCUGAGUAUUAAAGCCAUUCAGUAGUCUGUGUAACCCAAGUCAGAGAAAUCCACGUACAUUUUCUAUACAUUUCCCAUGAUUUUGUCUCGGAUUUGUUUGCUGAACUAAAAACCCACUUGAACGUAACACUAUCAAUCAUUAUUACACGACCGCAGAAGGCAGCAUCUGACUUCAUUGACUACGACAAGUACACUAGGGCAGACAGGAGCUUCCGCUUCAGCCAUUUGACCUCCUAGAAACCGGGAAAUAUUUCUAGAUGGAUUUACAUGUAUUCAUUUCACAACACUUUUAUCUAAAUCAACUUACAAAUGAGUGAGAAUACAGUCCAAGUUCAAGUCUGAGUCUGGAGCUCACUGUGAAACAGAAAGUGCUGCACAACUAAGUUUCCACCGAUUAAUCAGACAAGAAGUGCAAAAGUAGGGAGAGAGAAGUCUUCAAGAUUGUAGCCAUGAUGCACACACACACACACACACACACACACACACACACACACACACACACACACACACACACACACACACACACACCAGGUAAUCAAGCUUUUAUAAUUAGUACUCUGUGAAAUGCUAAAAUGAGUAGCUGCACAGUUUUACUUUUAAAAUUGUUUUUAAAUUUCCAAACAUAAUUAUCUCUCAUGCUAUUUCUUUCACGUCAUUUAUUGAUCCAUGUUUUUUUACAUAUAAUUAUUAUUAGUUUUUAGAAAUUUUAUAUUUUUUUGCCAUGAUUAAAUAUUAUCUAUAUGAGGCUCCACAUGUUUACUUGAAAUUAUAUGUAUAAAAUGUAAAUUUAAGGGCAUACUUAAUGACGUUUCAUCAGAUAAUAUUUUAAGAUCACAAACUGUGUACAAUUCUAGAUUAUUUUGAAUUCGGAUAUUUUUAAAUGUAUUUUAUAAAUAAAUUGGUUAAAAAAAUAGUGGUUUUAUAGUAAGUAAAAAAAAAAGAAACUAUUUCAAUAUUUAAAAUGUAUUAUAUUCAAGAUUCUGCACCAUUUCUAGGUUCCUGUUUAAACAUAAGCUUUAGACAAACGGUUAGAUUUUCUUCUAGAAAUCUUCAAGAGAUUUUCAAUCUCUUCUUUUAAAGUGUGUGUUCAGACGACACUAAUCGAUUUGUUUAAAAAUAGAUCGUAAGAUUUGGCACAAACAGAGGUCUGUGCCAGCUCGAGUGUCCUCAAAGCAAAAAAAGGGAUGAACCGAAUACUAAGGACCUCUGAAUUCAUGUAGCAUUUAAAAAUGUUCUAAAGAUUUCUCAGGUUGAUGUCAAUAAUUACAAUUUGUAAUUAAAAGUGUUGUAUUAAUUAAACAAACAAACACCUUUGUUCUCAGACUUUUAAACCCUGCUGUAUAUCUGUAUUUAAUAAGGACUGGUUUUAUCCUAAUAAUCAAUUUUUUUUAACAAAUUGCUUUGAAUUGAAUCUUUUGAUUCUUAACUUCACUCAUUGGAUUUCAUUUGUAUUUUUGUUUCACUUUCUUGUAAUGUUCAAUUUGACACAGUCUUAUAAAUAAACAGCAAUUUUGACUACUGAAUAUGUGCUAUUUCUUACAAAGUACAAUAACCUGUCUGA